AUGGCAAAUGGUGGCCAUUACGAGCUCGGUUAUGAAGACAUACGCUUCGAAACGGUUGUGAGUCCGAGUUUUUACUGUCCUAUUUGUCUUCUGGUUCUGAGAGAACCAGUUAUGUGUAAAAACCAACACUAUUUCUGCACUUCGUGUAUCAAGAAGCAUUUGGCAAAGUCUGCAUUCUGCCCGACGUGUCUUGAACAUCUCAGUGUCAAUACACUGAAUGAAGCUCCGCGGAUUGUACAAGAUUAUUUAUCUGAGCUGAAUAUUCAUUGUGAUUACUAUGCCAGAGGAUGCUGCGAAAUGGUGAAGUUGAAUCAACUAAAACAUCAUGUGGCAACAUGUGGAUUCGGGCCCGUGCAGUGUUCAAAUGAGGGCUGUACUGCUGACCUGAAUUUUAGAGAUAAGCUCUAUCAUCAAGCCGAAGUGUGUGAUUUCAGAAAGUUGAAAUGUCACGAGUGCAGCCAGCUCAAACAUGAAGCAGUAAAAAUGAAGAGAGAGAUUUUAGCCCGUCAAGACCAGAUAAUGAGAACAAUGAAAGCUGAGAUUUCGGCUUGCCAGAAUGAAAUAAAAAGUGAAAUGAAAGAAGGGAUGAAAAAAAUGGAAAAUGUCAUCAUGAACGAAGUUCUGGAAAUAGUCAACAAAGCUGUUCAGAAUAUAACGGUCGAAAUGAAAGUUACAAGUGCAAGAAUGAAGAAUGAACUGACAGAGAAAAUCAAAGAUCAAUUUCAGUCCAUUUCAUUUUCUCUGUCGACUCUGAUCGACCAAAAGCAAGAGGAAAGAAGGAAAGAUGUCGCAAAAGAGCCAACGGUCGCGACAAAACAAUCAGUUGCAAGGCCCUGGCCUGGUAUUGCGGUAAUAAAAGCGGAGAGACAGGCAAUGAAAAAAGUGGAGCCAUUGGUAGGACUGAAGGAAACACGGGAAGCAGUCCAGCCAUGGGGAGGACUGAAGGAGACACGGGAAGCU